UGCAGUUGUGCAAUCUGUGGUGAGAAGUAGCAGUGGGCAGCUAUAAGAAAGCCAUGGAGCAGAUUAAUAAUAUUCAGGUCGUUCCGUGCACCAACUCUGAUUAUCUGAGACCGUUUAGGGUGCAUUAUAACCAGAAUGGAACAAAGAAGUCCUGGGACUUUAUGCAAACCCAUGAUAGUGUCUCUGUGCUGAUUUUCAACACCACCUCACACUGUUUCAUACUGGUCAAGCAGUUCCGCCCAGCCGUAUACAUGAGUCAAUGGGAGCGGAGCAAACAUAAACCCCUGCAGCUGGCCGAGGAAGAGCCUUCAGAAGCUACAUCUCCAGAACCCAGAGUCCCAGAAGAGGGCCAAGCUGGUGAGACAAGCGACGAGACGUCAAGCAACCCUCACCAGCCUCCAGCUUCAGCAGGGGUGACCUAUGAGCUGUGUACAGGCUUGGUGGACAAACCCGACCUCUCUUUGGAGGAGAUCGCCAGGCAGGAAGUACUGGAAGAAUGCGGCUAUGAUGUGCCAGUCAUCAAGCUGAGAAGGAUCACAUCUUACAGGUCAGGAGUUGGAGUCACUGGAUCCAAGCAGACCAUGUUCUACGUGGAGGUGUCCGAUGAGAAUUGCGUUGGAGAGGGCGGGGGUAAACCUCAAGAGGGCGAAUUGAUUGAGGUGGUCAAAGUUCCCCUACAUGAAGCAAUGACCUUCACUUUUGAUGAGAGCAUCCCGAAAACGAUGGGCGUCAUUUUCAGCUUUAUGUGGUUCCACAGCAACAUGUCGCCAAAGUAUAAGAUCUCCACCAAUGUGUAAUGUAAAAGUUGCAAGCCAUUAUUCGAAAUACCAGUUAUUACAUACAGUACAUUUUGUAUAUAUUGUAUUCAAAAUGGUCACUAACAGUGUUGACUUUUUCAGUUGUUUCUUACACUUUUGUUCUGUUUGUUGUGGUUAUAGCUAUAGUCUUAUUUCAAAUUCUGAUGUAAGAAGCACCUGUGUGCUAUCCGCUUUCUGUGGGAGCUGAGACAUCCCAAUAGGUUGCCAUAGAACUAAAGAGGUUCAUUGUGAGUUUGUUUGGUGUAACUUAAUUCUUUGUUUUUACCAUGUGAGGAAUUUCAAACAGCCAUCUUGUUGAAAGCACACCGUGGCCCUUUAAGUCUUUGUACCAGUGAUCAUUUCCUCUCAAACUUGAGAGGGCAAGAUUUGAAAGUCCACGUUGAUACAGUACCAUUUAACUUUGGGAAAAUUAAAGAAAGAUCAUUUAUAAAGCUGUACGUUGUGGCCAAGAAGUGAGACCACUUGUCAUUUUCCCACCAGUUUUGUAUACAGAAUAAUAAUUAGAAAAAUUAAAAAGAAAGUAAAAUAAUAUUAACUAGUCACAAUAAUUAAUGUGAUUAUAUGUGGACAAUACACAGGCAGCUACCCAACUGUGAAAACUUGAUAGUCACUACUGUAAACAAUCAUUAAGUCAUUUCUUUACCAAGCAAAGAAUAAAUAAACAAGCUGUUGCAUUUUUUCAGGUCCAAAGCUGACUUUGGUACAUUCAGGGUUAGUGACAAUUGUAACGGGUACUUGCUUAAUGGACCAGGAAAAAAUACCAGAAGACUAUAAGGCACGAGGAAAUAGGUAGCAGGUUUGCUGAGCAAUAACAGACACACACAGGAGUUAUAUGUUAAGGAUUACAUGUCUUUUUACCUAAAGUAUUUUAGGUAUUCAUUUACAUUUUAGAUGUAAUAAAAUAAAUGAUACAAAACAUUAAACAUCAAAGACAACAAUACAAAAUGAAACCUCAAUUAUUUACCUUGGGUGCACCUGUUACAUUUCUCUCUGUAUAUACCGAUAUUCACAAUUUUACUUGUAAAUCUCAAAUAAAAGAGAAUGCAUCUCUUAUAAGAUCUUCAAAUGUGUUCAAAUGAAUUAAUCUUUCUCAUUCAGUUGUUAUAUGUGAUCACAAACAAUCCAUGAUUCAAGUUCACAUUGAAUAAGAUACUGAUCGAUUUUCUUUUCUCUUAAAUUUGAAACCAGAAAUAUUUCAGUCAAUCUAUAGAAAAGGGAAAGUCAGUGUCUGUGAUGGAAGUUUCUUUCUUUUGGUCAGAAGGGUAAGGGAAGAUACAGUCAUUUUCUUUAGGUUCGUUGUCUCUCUCUUUUUUUUUUUUUAAUCGUUUUCAGGAGGCUUGCCAUCAAAUAGGACAAUCCAGCUCAAGAAAAGAGACCUGGCCUCUGUAUUCACUUCUCUUCUUUUAUAAAGGCACACGUGAACAACAAUGGCAUCAAUGAGCAAGUCAAAAUAUAAAUUCGGCAGCAUCCAACAACAAGAUUAACACUUGAUCAUGCAAUAUAACAAGUUUUUUAACAGUUUUGACCUCUUCAGAGGUUUAAAACACAAUAUUUCUGUGUUAUAUACUCAAGUUCAGAUCAAAGUUUUCUUCCUCCAUCACUCUCCGCAUAUCUGCACGUCUCAGUGCACUCUGAGCACGUAGUCAACAAUGCAAAGCUCUGAUUGGCCAUGAUCGCUCAUUAACUUAAUUUAAGGCUUGAAUCCACCAAAACAUAAUUUUGAUGGGUUCUAUAUUUAUGUAUAUACAGUAUGUUAUAAAAUGUGAUAUUGAUAUCAAAGAUAUGAAUUUUAAUAUUUAUAAAUGACCAUUAUUUAUCUUGGGUUACACAAAGCUGAAAUGUAUUGAUGUAUUAUUGUACAUUGCCGCUUAACUUUAAGUUGAUUGUUUUGAGUGUGUGUUUUCCACCGAAUUUAUGAGAUACAUAUUGUUCAAUCCUAAAGAAGUAUUAGUACCAUUCUAGUCCUACAAGUCUAAAGCUGCUUUGCCAUAAUCAUCAUAGUAACAAUGUUCUCAAAUCUUUCAGAAUGACUGUAUAUCAGAAGUGCAUGAGCUUGCCUGCUGAGGUUGAAUAAAACCCUGGAAUUAAUAUUUUCCCCCAAAAAAUAUAUAGAGUCAGAAUAGUUAGAUUUACUAGUACCUUCUAAAGUCACAAGAACAAAUCCCUUGAAUCCCAUACAUGAAGAUCAAUUGAUUCAUCUUACAUGAAUAUAAUAAUAUAAUAUACUCUCAAUAUCUUCCUCCAGUGUUUCAGAGGUUGUUUGCAAAUUCACUUAUAAACAUUUUAUUAAGAUUGUUGAAUUUUGAUUUUGUUUCAUAGAAAUCCUCAGUACACCAAAAAAAAAAAAAAAAAUUCUAAAUCAGAUUCUUGCUCUAUUGCUGUUCAGUUCUGAUUCUCUUAUGCACAGAUCUUUCACUGGUUUCAUUGUGGGUUUGAUUAUUUAGUGAAGGAUAUUCAUGUUAUCCAAGCUAAUUACACAUGUUAUUUAGCAUUUGUUAAUACUCAGUCUUUGUUUCUGCCACGACAAAUGAUCACCACCACUUAAAAUAAAUACAGUAUUGUAAGCUGAUUGCAUCUUGUUGUAAAACUAUUCUGUUGUGAUUGAGUGUUAUAACUUAAAUGAUCAAUACUCACAUUACUGUGCAAAUGUUUUAGGCACUUAUAGUGAGGAUGUCUUCAAAAAUAAUGCUAUUCAUUUAUCACUUAACGCCAUACAAAGCCUAUUAAAAAAAAAAAAAAGCUAAAUCAAUAUUUGGUGUGACAACAUUUGCCUUGAAAACUGCAUCAAUUCUCCUAGGAACACCUGGACACAUUGUUCUUGGUUGUUGGCAGAUGUUCCAAGCUUCUUGGAGAACUUGCUUCAAUUACUUCUGUCUCUUCAUGUAAUCCCAGACUGACUCAAUGAUGUUGCGAUAUCAGCUUUGUGGGGGCCAUACCAUGUAUUGUAGGGCACCUUGUUUUUCUUUUCAAUUGUAUUUCCAAAGGGAAUGUUGAAAUCUAAAACAUAUAUUUCCUACUGAUAAACUAAAAGCAGAAUAUAUGAAAUAAACACUUUAAGACAAAUAUAAAAUAACUGUUCUUGUGAAAAUAUAAUGUGCCUAAGACUUUUGCACAGUAAUGUAUGCUAAUAAUACGUUACCAUCUUCAUAUAAUCAUAAUCAAAAAGAGUGUUGUGGAAAAGAGCAAAUGGGUUUAGUUUGGUCCACAACAGAGGAGCUAGAGCAUGUUGGUAAUGUUAAAGUUGAAAGUUUCCUGCCAGACAGGAGUGGGUGUAAGACAUUUGUAGAUAACUGGUGAUUUCUGCACCUUUAGCAUUGUGAUUGGUGGGUUCAAUUGGACAUGCUUCAUUUAAAGUAUGCAAAUGAGACAUUUAAGAUUUAUGCAUUGUUUUGAGGGCACUACUAGGUAUUAUGUAUCUUUUUCUUACAAAACUCUGUUUUUUUUGUAUGUUUAUCUCAGGAUAGGGCUUCGGAUUUAUUGUCAUGUGCCACUGUUACUAAUGCUUGAUUUUCAGUAUUUCAGCAGAUCAUCAUUAAUGUCUUUUUAUCUCUUUGAUUUCACAAAAAAUAUAUAUAUAUAUUAUUUUCAUUUAUGGCACCUCGUGCAAAUAUACUAUACAUAUUUAAAAUAUGUAAUAUAUACAUAUCUUGUAUAUAUCAGAAAGUAAAUAUUGCAUGUUCACUGUAUGACAUUUGAUCUGCAUUCAGUUUAAAUGAAUAAAAAAGAUUUGGUGCCUAAGGCUAUUGAGUCUCUACUUUCAUAUGUCAAUUUCAGUCUGUGUCAGCUCACUAAUCAUUCUGUUAAAGCAAUGUUGUUAAGUAAGAAUGAUAGUUCACUCAAUGACAAUUCUCUUAUCAUUUACUCUCACGCUAUGGAAGCACUGGGGCUUUCUCUCAAGAUAUGACCCUUUUGUAAAGAGAUGUCUUUUAAUUGGUAAUUAAUGACUCAUUUAUUAGAACUUGCUCUCAUAUGA